GUUGUACUUGUAUGCCCACCUUUUUAGUGCUGACAAGUUGUUUCAAAGUUGUUUGCUUUAUGUGAAAGGACUCUUUGAAGAUGCUCUGAACCUCAAAAAGAACAAUAAAGACAAUCCCUCAGCUGUACGCCUUAUGAAGGUGGACAAUUCCCGAACUUACACUCUGGACACGUUUUGUGAAGAACAGAUACAGCAGGCCACCCAGGCAAUGGCACAGCUUGAGGAGAUCAAGACUAAGGCAAUUGAAGAGAUGAAAAGCACAGUCUUAAAGGUUGCAGAAAAGAAAGACCUUAUAGAAUUCUUUGAGUCAAAACCAUCUGAAGUCGACACAACACAUUUUAAGUUGCCCCAGUAUCGGUGUUUGUUAGAAGCAAAUAUGAAGUUUUCUAGGCUGAUCGAUUACCUGUUUCAAGAACUCAUUCGUCAGCUCAUGAACUCUACACUCAGCCAGCUUUUGGGUCUCUUCAGUGGCUCUGCUAGAAUGCCGUUUUCAAAGGAAAAGAACAAUGAAAGUCUCAUGAAGUAAUAUCGUACAAGGAAGAUCUUUUCUAGAAAGAUAUCAAGUGAUGAUGAAGAAUUCAUUGAUUCACGUUUACCUCAUCUUCCUCCUGUUCAAAACUUGGAACCCAAGCCAGACACUAAUAUUGAUGCGAUUUUACAUAGACAGAAACUGGAGAUGGAUUUGAAAAAAACAUAUCUACCAGUAUUUGAAGUACAACUACAUUUGAGAACGCCCACAUCGAAUGAGUCUCCAGAGGAAGCUGAAGAGAAGGCUCAGAAGUCUGAGCAGUUCCUUGAUGAUACUCUAUCAUGUGAUGAUGAUGAUGACUAUUUUGAAAACAGAAGAAGUUUUGUGAGAACCUCAAGUGAAGACUUUCUCAUGAAAUACAAUCAGCCGAGCAAGUUUGGUAUCCUCCUCAGACGUAUCCUUUCAGACACAGGACUCCUGCUUGAGUCUGAGCAAGGGCACAUCUAUAAUAAAUUUAAUGAAUUCCCAACAAACCUCCUUAUACAUCCCAACAGACUGGACUUUUCAAUACAAAUUCAAAAUGUGAUAGCAACCAUAGAAAAAUAUAUAACCACCAUCACGCCUCUUCACCAAGACCCUCGCCUCUCCAACAUCAUUGAUUUGGUUUCAGCCCCGGAUUUACCUAAUAAGACAAAAAAUGUAUCCAAAUACAAGAAGCUGAUUCGAUGGCCAGAUUUCCAUAUCCUCUUUGAAACAGAUGCUAACUACCAAAACAAAAUUGUGAGUCUGCUGGCGAUUAUUGGCAAUUCAAUGGGCCUGGUUAGCGAUUACAGCUGCAGGUUUUUAAAGUACUGUUACAUGGUAGAAAAGGCCAAAGUCAUGAGUAUGAAACUGCCAUUCAUGGGGAUGUUAACAUCAACAGAGUUUAAAACUAUAAUACAUAAAUUCAGAAACUACCUAAAACAGAUUGUGACUAUGUCCAUCGAGAUGCGCCUUGGAAUUUUUUGUGUGAAAAGUUUGGAUUAUCAAUUAGCAUGCUUACCGUAUGUUGACAGCAUUAUAGAAAUGAGCUACAACCUGUUACGCUGUGCAAUUGAGGAACAUAAUACAAACCUAUUGGAAAUCUUAGACUCAUCACUGCACAAACUGGAUUCUGAGCCUGUGGAAGUAGGGGAAUUUGUGGAUCACUUUAAUUUUUUGGAAGAUAUUUCCUCGAGUUUAUCUCAAUUAGAGAAAGAUUUCUCCACAAUUUCUCAGCUGUAUUCUGUUGUGAGGCAUUACCAGAUCGAAAUUUCUGAAGACCAGAAUGCCAUCUACAGAAUCCUUUUCAUGAAGUUAAAUCAUCUAAAAACAGCUAUAAGGAUACUUGCCAGCAAUAAAGAAAUCACCCUAACUAAAUUCAGGAACAGUUUGGAUGUAUAUAUUGUUGGUUUAAGAGUGGAGGUCAGCAAGUUAAAAGAUAAAAUCAGAAACCCCGCCCUGCUGUGUGCCAGUACUUCAGUUUCAAAAGCCAAGGACAUGAUCAAUUCCUACAUAGCGAAAACUGAAAACCUGACUGAGAAAGUGAAAACAUACGCAAGCUACCAGAACUAUUUUGACGAGUCCCAGGCGCACAUGCACACUCUUAACAUAGAGGAGAUGUCUCAGAUUGUGCUGUCGGAGCUCUCCGAAAUUGAGUGUGACCUGAUGCUCAAGAAGCUGUUAUGGGAGGCACAGGAAGAGUGGGUGACGCUUUUCUGGGAAUGGAAGAGAUGCAGUCUCCAGAGCAUCGAUGUAAACUUAGUGAGGAGUAACGUCGCCAAGUGGCUGCACAUAAUCGUUGUCCUGGAAAAAGGUUUGCCUAAAAAUGAUAUGGUAGCACACCUCAAGCAGUCAGUGAUGGACUUCAAGCAGGAACUUCCUAUCAUCACAGCACUGGGAAACUCUUGUCUCAAGCCACGGCACUGGGAGGCUCUUCGGGAGCUUACCGGAAAGUCGAUUUCUCUUGAUAAAAACCUCUCAGUAGACAAACUGCUAGCUCUCAAGCUGCUUCCAUAUGGAAAGAAAAUAAGUGAAAUAUCGAUCGCAGCCAUAAAUGAGGCUGCUCUUGAGAAAAUGAUGUUUAAGAUCAUCGAGCUCUGGAACACAUCUCCUCUGCAUUUGGUGCUUCACCACACAGAGGGUUACUCCAUCCUUAUCAUCUCAUCCAUCGAUGACACCAUAGCCCAGCUGGAGGACUCCCAGGCCAUCCUCGCCACAAUCAAAGCGUCUUCCUAUAUGACGCCAAUUGAGGAUCUUGUGACUGAAUGGCAUCAGAACUUGAACCUCUUCUCUUUAACCAUUGAGGAAUGGAUGAAAUGUCAGAGAGACUGGCUUUAUCUUGAGCCAAUCUUUAAUUCUUCAGAAAUGCAAAAACAGCUGCCUACAGAAACAAGACUUUUCUCCCAGGUGCUUAUCAUGUGGAGAGAAAUAACGGGGAGAGUGCUGAACAAACUCAACGCUUUGCACAUAACUGUCACUACAAGGAUCAUCGACGUUCUGAAAAUCUGCAAUGGACACCUUGAAAACAUAAAGAAAAGUCUGGAGGAUUACCUUGACGCUAAAAGAAUGAUUUUCCCAAGAUUCUACUUUCUCAGCAACGCUGAACUUCUUCAUAUUCUAGCUAACAGCACAAACCCCAAUUCCGUGCAGCCUCAUCUUUCGAAAUGCUUUGAAAACGUGAAGCACGUGCUGCUAUGGAAACACGAAGUUGGCCCUCCGUCUGUGAAGAUGCUCAUCUCGGCGGAAGGAGAGGGCCUGGUGCUGCCCAAGAAAAUCCGAGUAAGAACUGCUGUGGAGCAGUGGAUGGUGAAUGUGGAGAAAAGCAUGUUCGAUGUGCUGAAAAAAUUUCUGAUCCAAGGUAUUGAAGACUGGGACUUCCAGACUUUUUCCGAUUGGGUACUAUCACAUCCAGGACAAGUUGUCCUCACUGUGAGACAGAUCAUGUUCUAUAAUGAUUGUAUGAAAGGUUUUAUGAGUUCUAAUGUAAGGAAAAGUCUAGAAGCAGUCCAUGCCAAUGUACUAUGUCAUAUGGAAGACUUGGUUGUGCUGGUCACACUAAACGCUGGCAAGUUUCGCACAAAAGUCAUGCUAGCAGCAAUGCUGACCAUCACUGCUCACUGCAGGGACAUUGUGACAGACCUGCUAGCCAAGAACAUCUGCAGUGCAGAGGACUUUGAGUGGACGAGACAUUUGCAAUAUAAAUGGAACGAAAAGCAAAAGUUGUGUUACAUAUCCCAAGGAAACACCAAUUAUGUUUAUGGCUACGAGUACCUGGGCUGCACACCAAGGCUGAUCAUCACGCCCCUCACAGAAAGAUGCUGGCUGACUCUCAUGUCAGCCCUGUACUUCAACCUAGGAGGCUGCUGUGCUGGGCCAGCAGGGGUAGGAAAAACUGAAACUGUUAAAGACCUAGCAAAAAGCUAUGGUAAACAUUGUGUGGUCUUCAACUGUUUUGAAGAUUUGGAUUAUAAGAUAGUGGUGAAAUUAUUCUUCGGGUUGGUGCAGUCAGGAGCUUGGUGCUGUUUUGAUGAAUUCAACCGGAUGGAUAUAGAAGUUCUCUCUGUCAUCACCUCACAGAUCCUCACCAUCAAGGUUGCAAAGGACAGCUAUUCUGUGAGGUUUCUACUGGAGGGGAAAGAAAUACGUCUCAAUAUGUCAUGUGCAGUGUUUAUUACCUUAAAUCCUGGGUAUAAAGGUCGAGUUGAACUCCCAGGUAACUUAAAAUCUCUGUUUCGCCCAGUGGCAAUGAUGGUGCCCCACUACAAAGUUAUCAUUGAAGUAUUUCUGUUUUCAUUUGGCUUCAAAUCUUCAAGAUCACUGUCUGCAAAGCUAGUUAACCUGUAUGACUUAGCUGACAAGCAGCUCUCAAAACAGGAUCAUUAUGAUUUUGGCAUGAAGAUCUUAAAGACAGUUUUAAUAAUGGCAGAAAAGAAGAAACGGGAGUGUAAACGUGGUGACGAUCUUUCUGAAGCAGAUGAAUCUCUGAUCAUUAUCGAGUCAAUCCAAAGAGCUACUUUAUCAAAGUGCCUUCCUGAAGAUGUCCAACAUUUUGAAAAGAUCAUUGAAGAUACCUUUCCUGGGAUAACAGUGUCGAAGACGCAACACCUUGUCUUGGAGAAAGCAAUAUCUAUUGCAACAGAACAAUUAGGCUUUCAACAUUGGCUGCCUCAGAAAGAAAAGAUCACACAGUUGUACCAUCAACUUGAGGUUUGUGUUGGUGUGAUGCUCGUGGGCACAACAGGUGGAGGAAAAACUACAGUCAGGAAAAUUUUAGAGAAAGCCUUAAUAAUCCUUCCUAUUGCAUCUACCUUGUCAAUUCAAGACCUUCAGUCUGACUCAAAGAUUAUAGGAAAAAAAGGAAAAGUAGAUGUUUGUGUUUUGAAUCCAAAGUGUGUCACUCUUAGUGAACUAUACGGACGUCUGAACAUUAACACCAUGGAAUGGAGUGAUGGGUUAUUAGCAGCAGCAAUCCGAAAUUAUGUGAAUGCUAGCACUGCAGACUACUCCAAGAGAGGCAGUACUCUCGGGAUAUUGUCAAGAAUCACAGAUUUUUCUAGUAUUUUCCAAGUUGGUGUCUCUGCUACAGCAGAUACUGAUAACAGUAUUUUUAUGAAGACAAUAGAAAAAGAUGUUAAAACUCCAGAAACUCGUGAUUUCGAUUGGCAGUGGAUUGUAUUAGACGGCCCAGUUGAUACCUUAUGGAUAGAAAAUCUCAACACUGUGCUCGAUGAAAACAGAACGCUGUGCCUGGCAAACAGCGAAAGGAUCACCCUAACGAGCAAGAUCAGGGUGAUUUUUGAGGUGGACUCUCUCGCCAACGCCACCCCCUCUGUCAUCACCCGCUGUGCAGUGGUGUACAUGGAUCCUGUUGAUCUGGGAUGGGAGCCAUACAUUAAGUCAUGGCUUGUGAAAACUUCAAAAACUAUAAGUCAGCGAGGAAUGGAGUGUCUUGGAUUAAUGAUUAAAAAAAGUGUUAAAGAAGGGCUAGAUUUCCUGAAGAGGCACAGAAAGUUUUUACCAUAUCCCAUACAAGAUUUGACAGUCAUCAUGACUCUCUGCAGGAUUCUAGACGCUUUAUUUGAAUUCAUGCAAAUAAAGAGAGGAACCGCAAAAAGUGAGUUUUCCCUGAAAGCUAACAUCCCAACUAAAGAUCCAAAAACUCUGAAAGUCAAAUUCAAGGAUGAAGGAAAAUGCUACUACCGGGAUGAAAAUGCGUGGUAUUUGGAGAAAAACCCUGAGAAGUUAACAGUAAUGAUUCAGAAGAUCUUUGUGUUUGCUUUUACGUGGGCAUUUGGAGGGGUUUUAAAGCGUGAAGACCAACAUGAGGAAGACGUGAUAUUUCGUUCAAAAUUUGAACCUGAUUCUCUUGCAGAAGUAACCUAUAAUUUUGACAGACUUGUUCGUGAAUUAUUUGAAGAUGAUUCAGAAAAAGACAUGGGUAUCAACUUACCAGGUGGCGAACGGUCUAUAUUUGGGUAUUUUGUGGACUUACAGAAUUGUGAGUUUAUGCCUUGGUCAGAUUUAAUUCCCAAUGCUCAAACAAUAAUUCAAAGAGGGACCUCGCUGCUGGCUGACUUCCUGGGAUCCAGUGACAAUGUGAUGAAGAUGAAGGAAUGUGGGGAGUGUGUGAACUACACUGCCACCAGGGACACCAUCUGCUUCUCUUUCGUCAUGAGCCUUCUCCUGAAGAACUCCUACCCUGUCCUUCUCACAGGAGACUCUGGUGUCGGGAAGACUGUGGUCAUCAGUGAGAUGCUUGAAAAGCUAGAGGGUCGAGGAACAUUUGAUAUAAAAUUCGAGUCAAUUUUAGGAAAAGUCCUGUUACAUAAUGAAAUUAAAAGAUCAUGCAUAAGGAAGAAUAUCAACCUCUUGCUUGCUGAGACCUACAAAGCAGCUCUCGGAGGUUUUGGUAAGUAUAUGCAGAAAAUAGAGAAUAAAACUGAUGACACCACAGUUAAAAAUGAUAAAGAAAUUAUAGUUUCUACCAUAAAUUUUACCACCAAUAUGACAGUGACCAGAACCAAGGAGAUGAUUCUGCGAAAGUUAGUCAGAAGAACCAAAGACAUACUUGGAGCCCCGAAAAACAACAGGAUUGUAAUAUUUAUUGAUGACUUGAAUAUGCCAGCACCAGAUACCUGUGGAGCACAGCCACCCCUGGAAUUGAUUAGACAGUUAUUAGAAAUGGGUGGGAUUUAUGAUACUGAAAGAAAUACAUGGAAGAUUAUUCAAGAUCUUACUAUAAUCGCUGCCUGUGCACCUUCUGCUAGUGGGAAUGACAUCAGCCCACGCCUCCUCAAACACUUCUCCAUACUGGUAUUACCUCAUCCUCCACAGACCGUGUUAUGUACUAUCUUCCAGGCCCACUUGGGAAUGUAUUUCUCCCUCAAUAACUUCGUAGCUGAGGUCCAGAAAUGCAGAGACCAGCUUGUGCUUUGUUCUCUGGCGAUAUAUUAUCAAGUCUGUAAGAACAUGCUGCCAACGCCAACCAAAUGCCACUACUUAUUUAAUCCCCGAGACAUGUACAAGCUGCUGCUGGGGUUGAUGCAGGCGGACAAGAGUGUCGUCCACUCUAAGGAUAUGGCGGCUCAGCUCUUAGUUCAUGAAGCCAGCCGAGUAUUUCAUGAUCGGUUCAUUGAACCCAGUGAGAAGAGCCUUUUCUACCAGCUUCUCUCAAAGGAACUCCAGUGCCAUCUGCAGAUUUACUGGGCACAUGAAAGCCUGAUGAAUAACCCGACUGUAUUUGUGGACUUCAUGGAUGUAAACAAACCUCACAGAAAAAAGAUCUACCGGAGCGUCAGUAACUUCGACAAACUUCUUGGCAUACUUCAGGAAUUCCAACAGAAGCUGGGUUCAACAGCUCUGGAGAUGUCUCAUUCAAUUGUAUUCUUCAAAGAAGCUAUAGAACACAUUACAAGAGCUACCAGAAUCCUCCGACAGCCAGGGAGUCACAUGUUACUGAUUGGAAUAGAUGGAUGUGGAAAAGAAACGUAUGCAAGCUUAGCCUGUUACAUAGCAGAACACAAAGUACACCGCGUGCCUGCAGCCCACAAUUAUGUGAUCUCAGAUUUCAAAGACAUGUUUAAAAAUGUGUUUAUUCAAACUGGCUUGGAAGGGAUCCCCACUGUUGUCAUGGUUGCCAACUUACAAGAAGAACAAGAGUCAUUUAUGGAAGACUUGAACUACAUUGUCAAUGGAGGAAAGGCUGCUAGCAUGUUUGAAAAUGAGGAGCUGGAUUCCAUUGUUAUGAGGAUUAGAAAUUUUGUGGAGCAUUCUGAUUUAAUGGAUGACAAGAAAUACUUACUUACAUUAUUCCAAAAGAGGGUAUCUAAGAAUCUGCAUGUUUUUCUGAUCAUGAGUCCUGUAGGAUCUAAUCUCCGCCAUAAAUGUAGAAUGUACCCUUCGAUGAUUACCUCCUGCACCAUCAACUGGUUCCACAAGUGGCCCGAUGAAGCUCUCCUUAUUGUGGCCAAUUCCUACCUGGGAGAAAGGGUGAAAGUAGAAAACAAGGAGGAUAAAAUAAAACAGUUUGCCUCAACAUGUGUCGAAAUCCACAAAAGUAUGAAAGAGUUGAGCACCAAGUACUUUGAAGACACUGGAAGGCACUAUUACGUCACCCCCAAUAGCUACUUGAAGUUUCUGGAGACGUUCACACACAUUCUGAGCAUGAGACAAGAGGAGAUGACGAUAAAAAGGAAUCGCUUCCACAUGGGGCUAUCCAAGAUUCUGGAAGCAACCGUAUUAGUCACAGACAUGCAGGAAGAACUUUUGAUUAUUGGCCCUCAGAUAGAACAAAAAACAAAGGAAAAAGAAGCCCUGAUGGAAAAGCUGCGGAAAGAUUCGCAAAUAGUUGAAAAAGUGCAGGUGCUUGUGAAACAGGACGAGGAAAUUGUGGCCGAGGAAGUUAGGAUUGUGGAAGAAUAUGCUCAGAAAACUACCAGUGAGCUAAAAAGCGUGCUGCCUGCUUUAGAGAAGGCAAGAGUGGCCCUAAAUGCCCUGGAUAAAAGUGAUGUUUCUGAAUUAAGAGUGUACGCACGCCCCCCCUUCCUCGUCCUGACAGUCAUGAACGCCGUGUGUAUCCUCCUACAGAGGAAGCCUAACUGGGCAACGGCCAAGCUGCUGCUCUCUGAGACUGGCUUCCUAAAGAAACUGAUAAACCUUGACAAGGACAGCAUCCCUGAUAAGGUGUUCUUGAAGCUCAGGAAGAUUUUAAGUUUGCCUGAUUUCAACCCCAACAAGAUUGCCCUGGUCUCUGUGGCUUGUUGCUCCAUGUGUCAGUGGGUUAUAGCUCUGAAUAACUACCACGAAGUACAGAAGGUGGUGGGUCCCAAGCAGGAACAAGUGGCUGAAGCUCAGAAUGUCCUACGAAUGGCAAAGCAAAGGCUGCUGGAAAAGCAAAAAGGUUUACAACUGAUUGAGGAACAUUUACAGUUUUUACACAACUCCUACAAAGACAUCGUUGCUGAAAAACAACAACUAGCCAAUCGGAAAAAGCUGGCCACCAAGCGCCUGCAGUGUGCGUCUGUCCUGCUAACUGUCCUGGAAGAUGAGAAGAUUCGAUGGCAACAAACAGUCAACGUAAUAGACAACAAGUUGAAAGGCAUCUUCGGUGACAUACUUCUUUCGUCUGCAUGUGUAGCCUACAGCGGAGUCUUAACACCAGAAUUCCGCCAGUCAGUGAUGCAGAAAUGGGAGGACCUCUGCAAUCAACACACAAUCACCUUGUCAUCCAAAUUUUCCCUGAUGAAAGUGAUGGCAGAAAAAAAUGAGAUCCGCCGGUGGCAUAAUCAAGGGUUGCCUCUCGGUCAGCACGCAACAGAAAAUGCCAUCUUGAUGAAAAGUACCCAGCAGUGGCCCCUGGUGAUUGACCCGCACAAGCAAGCACUCUACUGGAUCCGUCAGAUGGAAGGGCCUCAGCUGCAAGAGAUUUCUGCUGAAGAUAGUAGUUACCUCCAAACACUUAAAACGGCCAUGCAAGCAGGAGAGCGUGUCCUCUUGCAUAAUACCCCUGAAGCAUUUCCUCCCAGCUUAAAGGCAAUUCUGAAGAAGGACAUUUUCCAGAAAAGAGGGCAGCAUUACAUCAAAAUUGGUGGCACUGAGAUAGAGUACAACAAAAGGUUCAGGUUGUACUUAUUCACAGAACUAGACAACCCCCAUUUCCUUCCAUCCGUUUAUAACUUUGUUACUGUUAUCAACUUCACGGUAACAUUCCAAAGCUUGCAAGAUCAGCUUUUAUCUACAGUAAUAAAACAGGAAUUUCCUCAUUUAGAAAAUCAACGCGCUCAGUUACUAGAGAGUAUUUCUCUUGACUCUGUAACUCUGGAGGAACUGGAGGACAAAACAUUGACCUUACUCCAGAAAACAAAAGGAAAUGUAUUAGAUGAUGAAGAAAUUGUAGAAACCCUAAGAAAAUCCAAAAUGACUUCAAAUGAAAUUUCCAAACGUAUCAAAGAAACAGAAAAGGCAGAAGGUGAAAUUGAAGCAAUCCGCAAGAGCUACCUCCCCAUAGCCACACGGGGCGCUCUGCUCUACUUCCUGAUGGCCAGUCUCACGCAGGUAGACUAUAUGUACCAGUUCUCCCUGCAGUGGUUCCGGCAGGUUUUUGUUUUCUCAACAGUUUCCAAAACCAAGCAUGAUCAGAAAAUGGACAAAACAUCCAAGGAAAAACAUGAUGAUGAUGAUGAGACUUCUUCAAGUAUCUCAGAUGAACAGAAUCCAGAAAGUAGGAGAACUCCCUUAUCCAAGAAUAGUAAAGACGUAAUAGAUACAUUGACAAGAAACAUAUUUAAGGCGGCCUCUUCAGCUCUAUUCAAUGAGCAUAAACUCUGCUUCUCCUUCCGGCUUUGCACUACAAUCAUGAGAAAUAGUGUCAGUGACACUCGGGUGGCCGAUGAUGACAUAGAAUUCCUUCCAGAAGAAGAAUGGAACAUCUUUUUAUACUCUGGCCUUUUGACAAAUAUUAGAAAUAUACUAACCAAGACUAGAUUGAAUAGUAUAUUUGAAAUACGUAGGAAGGAGCAUCUUCAAUGGGUGACAGACCUGAGAUGGGAGCAAUGCCAGUACCUCAGCAACCAGAUGGAGCCAUUCUCCCUUCUCUGCAGAUCGCUCUUGUCAAACGAGCAGCAAUGGAACACCUUUAGGGACACUAAGGCUGUGUACUUUCUAAUGAGCACACCCUUCGCCUCAGAAGAGGCUUUACCUCUGCAAAGUCCCAGAUCGUCACAAGACGUUGAACUUCUGAAUGAAAAUGAUGAAAUAUUUAAACCUUUAAAUUUUCCUUGGGAAAAACUCACUCCAUUUCAAAGACUUAUCUUGAUUAAAAUUCUUCGGCCAGACCGUUUAGAGAAUUCAGUAAAAAAGUUUAUAACUGAAAAAAUGGGAGGUGAAUAUAUCCACAAGACUACAGUUAAUCUGAAAGAAUACUAUAAAGAGUCCACAGCUCAGACACCGCUGAUCCUCAUUCACUCCUAUGGGAUUGACCUCAACAAUAUCCUCCUAAGAUUCGCACAAGAGUUAAAAGAAGCAAGUCCAAAGGUGACCAUGAUUUCCCUGGGCCGAGGCCAGGCGGCCAAAGCAGAAGAGCUCAUUUUUAACGCUAUGAACCAAAAGAAUCAGUGGGUCUUCCUCCAGAACUGCCACCUUGCAGCAUCCUUCAUGCCAAGACUCUGCGCUAUCAUAGAGUCAUUUAGUAAUCCAGAUAUGGAGAUGGACCCUGAUUUUAGGCUUUGGUUAAGCUCAAAAUCAUAUAGUUCUUUCCCAAUUCCUAUUCUUCAGAAGGGUGUGAAGAUUGCUGUGGAGCCUCCCCAGGGAUUGAAAAGCAAUUUACUUCAAACGUUUGGAUACGGAGGGAGUGGAGAAGUAACAGAAGAGAUAUUUGAUAAGAAUGAUUGUGGACCGUGGUGGAAAAAGAUUCUCUUCAGCCUCUGUUUCUUCAAUGCUGUGAUCAAUGAGAGGAAAAUUUACGGAACACUAGGCUGGAAUGUCCCUUAUCAAUUCAGUUCUUCAGACUUGGCGGUUUCUAUAAAGGUCCUGGGAAGCGUCCUCCUUGGCCGAUCGGAAGUUCCAUGGAAGGAACUGAACUACCUGAUUGGGGAAGUGACCUAUGGUGGCCGAGUGACCAAUAAAUGGGACAAGCAAUGCCUGAAGACCCUUUUCAACAAAUUCUGCAAUCCUGAAAUGCUGAAGGCUGGCUUCAGUUUCUCUAGUGAUGAGAUAUACCAGCCAGUGCCCAACUCUGCAAGCUUACAGGACUGCAUAAACCUUAUCCAGUCCCUACCAGAUGACGACUCUCCCGAAAUCUUAGGGAUACACCCCGAGGCCACACACAUCUACAAUGAGACCAAGACAGAGAAGUUCAUUGAAAAUCUCAUCACCUUGCAACGAAAAGAUGUUCCAGUCAACCUCAUGAUGAAUCCCGAGCAGAGCAAUGACGACCUAGUGAUGGAGAUCCUGUCUGACAUAAAGGUUCAGCUGCCCCUGGCCGUGGAGACCGAGGACGUUUCUGGGCCUGACAGUCAGUGCACAUUCAAAUACAUGAUGUUAAGUGCCAUGUGGGAGAAGCUUCAGAAAAGCGUUGAAGGCCAUGAUCCCCUUAUCCACUGUGUCUUGAUAACAUAUCUGAACCAAGAAAUACAACGUUUCGAUAAGUUAUUAUCCAUCAUACAUAAAUCUUUAAAGGAUCUUGAACUUGCUAUAAAGGGAAAGAGUAUCCUCACGCAAGACCUGGAGGAGAUAUACGACUCUUUCCUGCGAGCCAGAGUACCCAAGCUGUGGCAGAAGAACGCCUACAAGUCCUGCAAGCCCCUGAGCUUCUGGGUGAGCGACCUUCUCCAGCGGGUGAACUUCUUCAACACCUGGGCCAAAGUGGCCUACACUGCCUUACACCAACGGUACAUGACAUUUGUCUCAAUGAAACAGUCUACUACAUUACUGGCCAACCAGAAAUCCAAAUAUCCCACCAACUCUGAGAGUGAGCUCACCAGAAGCUUUCCCUCGAGAUACUGGCUACCUGCUUUCUUCAAUCCACAAGCCUUUCUUACUGCUGUUCUUCAAGACUAUGGAAGGGCCCAGGGAGUCUCCAUGGACGCUGUGCUUUUCACUCACAGAGUGAUUAACAGCAGCGCCAGCAGCAAGCAAGAGGAUGACUUCUCACAGCUUCUCCAGAAGAGGCUCAAAAUAGUCAGGAGAGCCUUCCAGGCCCACUCUCCCGACCAAUCUCCCAGUGGUGUGAUCAUUUUUGGUUUAUUCAUUGAGGGAGCACGGUGGGAUCCUGAACUGGAAGUAUUGGAAGACACUCUGCCUGGUGACUUAUGCUGUGAAUUUCCUGAUAUCCACUUUUUGCCACUGAAGAUUGAAACGCUCCAUGCUUCUGACCAAAAAAACUCAGAACUCCAGACUUUUGAAUGUCCGGUUUACCAAACACCUGAGAGGUCAAGAAAUACUCCUGGGUCGCUAACAGAUUUCUUAACAUCCGUGCAUUUACCAACGAAGAAACCUCCUAGCCACUGGAUCACCAUGCAGGUUGCACUGCUGUGUGAGAAAAAUGAAUGAAAUAAAUAUCCAUACCAAAACAGUUUAAGUUUGAGCUCUACUUACAUACAUCAAGACAUCCA